UGCGCGCGCGCGUGUGUGUGUGUGUGCGUGUGUGUAAAGCGAAUUUUGUGGAAGAUGUUUCGUAAUUUUGGUUCGUUUUCUGCAAUCUUGAAGCAGCGUCAUUUUACUGCGUCAUCUGUUAAUGCUGGCGUGCGACAGUUUAGCAGCGCUGCUGCCACUCAAACUCAACAACAAGCAACCAAGAGUCGUCCUGAGGGAUUUCCGUGGCGUCUGGUUGCUGCAGUGUGCGUAAUUCGCUUUCCGACUGUGUCCCCGGAGAAAAUCGAACUCGAGAAGAGAUACGAAGAGAUGCGAACACAAGAGACGACGGAAAGAAGUGUACUGAGCGAGUACGAAUUAGAGCAAAGACGUCGAGCGAAAGAACAGAGAGAAUACGAAGAAAGAGUAGCAGGAGAAGAGGAAAUAGACUUCGAAUCGGAAAGGCGACGCGCAGAACAGCAGAGCCGCCAUGAAGAGGCUGACGAACUGCAUGAACUGGAAGAACAAGAACUUAAGUCAUUUGAACCGGCCGGUUGUGAGACUGAGUGUGACGUCCAGAACGACCGUCGUUCUUCGAACAGACGACUUCGAGACACGCUCUACUUACUAGUGAAGAAGCAGCGCUCUGAAAACGCGUGGCAAAUGCCGCAAGGCGGACACGACGGGACAGAGUCCAUGCGUCAGACGGCAGAGAGAGAAUUACGAGAAGAAUGCGGCUCUCAUCUCGUGGUGAAGUUCACCAGCAAUCUACCAUGUAAUUUCUUUGCUUACAAGUUUCCUGCAGAGCAGAAGUCGUGGGAUGAAACGAUUGGUGCAAAGGUUUUCUUUUUCAAAGCUUACUAUGAGAGCGGUCAGGUGGAGAUAAACAGAGAAGAGCUUGAGGAUUUCGCUUGGGUCACCAAGGAUGAAAUGAGAGAUUAUGUUUCGUCUGACUAUUACAGUAAUGUGGUGAAGUUUUUGAGCAGCUAACAAACUGAAGAAAUUUUUGUAUUAUGUUUGGUGUGUACAGUAAAUCAGCCAAAGUAUGCUAGGAAAAGAAUGAUGAAUGCCUUGGAAUGUACAGUACAUAAAAACGUAGUUUUUUUACUA